GAUACAAUGACGUCAACGGUUGUCAGUUCUAAAAAUAUAGUAGUCACAACUGCUUUUCAGACUUCUGUAAAGCUUUCAUAACAGUUCAUAUCAACCAAGAAAAAGUUGAAUGUAGUGAUGGAGUUAAAUAAGUCCAUGAAAAAUAAAUAUGUGUUUGUUUGGUGUGCUAUCCAUUUGUUAAGCUUGCUAUUCCUUGGAAGAACUGGUGGAUCCGCAUCUGACAGAGGCUGUGUUGGAAGUAACUUUGACCAUCACGAUGCAUCCUCUCCACGCUGCUACAUGCUCAACACCGACACUUGCUGCUUUGUGACUGAAAAUGACAGUUGUGCAAACAGUGGCAAUAGUUUUUCACACAACUCUCCGAUGGUACAAUUUUCCCAACAGAGCAGAGUGUACCAUCUAGCAGGAGGAAGGAAACAUGGACACAACCAAAUAUGCAUACGCCGCAUCACAUUACAUCACAGAAACCCAAAAAGCGACUUGAGUGAGUUGAGAGGCUGGACUAUAGAAGCAGUGGUUGAAGACACGCAGACGGGAUUGGAAUGGGGGAGGGAAAGAGUUCACUUCCUGCUGCCACGGCGAAAUAUCAGUUCUGUGGCAGCCUUCUUCGAAACAGAGCUAAUAUCACAAAGGGGGGAGAUUGAGCGUGAUGUGGAAAAAGAGAGAAAGACGACUGAUGUGAAAUCCUCAAUGAGUAAUGAAGGACAGAGAAAUUUGUUGUUGGACGCCGUUUUCUGCUUCCAAAUAGACACUUCAUGGGUUACAGAAAACAAGAAAUCACUGGACCUGAGCAAAUAUGAGUCAGUUUAUAUGUG